AUGCCGUUUUGGCUCCAAGUCGGUUGUCCUUCGGGUUGUCCGGUGGGAUAUCAAUGCCGCAAUGGCGCAUGUGUCUGUAGGACGGAGUGUCCUCAAACUGACAAUAGCCAAUUCUUGCUUGAAGUUUGCGGAACGGAUGGUCAUUUCUAUAAAAGCGAGUGUGAUCUUAAACGCGAGGCUUGCUUGAUGCAGAAAACAAUCAAGAUUGAUCCUACUGGCGAGGCCUGCCGCAUAAAUAAGCAAAAACAGCGUUUUCCCGUAGAAAUGGAGGAAAAACGAUCACAUGUAAAUACUUCUCAACAGAUAAAAGCAGAAAAUAAAUCAGACAUUCUCCUCAGCGAGCCGAUGGCUGUUAAGAAUGAGAGAUCGCCGAAUUCUGAGCUGCAGGCGGGUAGGUUCGCCUUUUUUCCUCUUUGA